UCGUGAUAUCGAAAUGAGUUUGAUUUUGAAAGUUGAGUGACGAUGAUGAGGAAAUGGCUGAUUAGAUUAGUCUGAAGUGUUAUGAUCUUUCUAUUUUUUCAGUCUAACAAUAGAAGAAUACAUCAACAACAACUUCAAUCCAACCUCAACCUUUUGCUUUUUUUAAUGUCGAGUGUGUUAAGAGACCGCAGUUUGAAUUUAUUCGCAAUAACGUCAUUUUUGUUUAUCAUAAGAUAUAAUUUGAGUAAAAUUUUCCUUUUUAUAUAUAGCACUCUUUUGAUAAAAUUAAUACUACUACUACCAGACUUAUGUUUGGUGCAAUUUUGUGUAGGAGAACACUGAGCGCGCCCAGAAAAGAUGGUAUCUUUGGGCUCCCCUCCUCCGGCAAAUCACCGGCCAGCGACCCAACAUUCACUAUUUCCUACCUCACCAACUCAUGCGGGCUAUCCUUAAACGACGCCGUCUCCGUCUCCAACAAACUGCGCAUCAAAUCGCGACACAACCCCGAUGCAGUGCUGGACCUCCUCUCCCAAUUCGGCUUCACAAACACCCAAAUCUCCAAACUCGUAACCAAAUGGCCCCUCGUGCUCCAAUGUCGCCCCGACCAAACCCUUUUCCCCAAACUCCAAUUCCUCCGCUCCAUCGGCGUUCCCGCCGCCGUCUCCGCCGAGAAGCUAUCUGCCUAUCCCAUGAUUCUACAGCGCAGUCUCGAAAAAUCCCUCAUCCCAACCUACAAUUACUUGAAAAAACUCCUCCGAUCCGAUAAAAAGGUCGUCAAUGUGUUCGCCAGAUCACCCAGGGCCUUCGUCCACGGCUGCUGCGGCGCGAUGUCUCGCAACAUCGCGGUCUUGAGGGAGCGGGGAGCGCCGGAGUCUUCGGUCGCGCUGCUGCUCAACAACCAGCCGUCGCUGCUGAUGCUCGGCGGAGAAGCCUUCGCCGCGCUCGUCGAUCGCGCUGCGGAGAUGGGAUUCGAUGCGUCGAAAGUGGUAUUCGUUCUUGCAGUCCAGGUGUUUGCGAAUAUGUCUGAGUCGACUCUGCAGCGGAAGAUGGGUGUUUACAGGAGGUGUGGCUGGUCUGAGUCUGAGGUUAUGGGUGCGUUUCUGAAGCAUCCGCUUUGCAUGAGUUUGUCGGAGAAGAAGAUCAAGGGAAGCAUGGAGUUUCUUGUUGGUGAAGCUGGAUUCGAGGCGGGGGAUGUUGCUCGGUGCCCGGUGCUUCUGGGUUACAGCGUGGAGAAGAGGAUGCGGCCGCGGUUGGUUGUGAGUAGGAUGCUGGAGAGGAAGGAGUUGUUGAAGAAAUCGACCAGUUUCAUAUAUUUGUUGAUCAUGUCUGAGGAGAAGUUUGUUAAGAGAAUACACCCAAUUCUGGUUGCUUGCUUAAGACCAUCCACGACUGCUGCUCGUGAGGGAGGAAGAAGCCAGGUGGCCCGAGCCAUGCCUAAGGCCAUUUGGCUGCGCGUGCGUGCACACACUCGCAGCAAAACUAGGUUCUCCUUGUCUCGGUUUGUCGAUGCCAUCAACAUCUUCAAUGAAAAAUGGAGAAGGCCAAGGCCAAGGCCAAUGUCCGAGCUGCGUACUCCCUGGGGGAAACCAUUUGCACCUUCAGUGAGUAUGUUGAUGCUACAGAUGGGGAUCAACAAAAAAUUGUUGUCAUUUUGGCAGGAGACUUCUACAAAGUGCAAUGAGGUACGGCAUGUUGACACCCUGAACGCACAACUCGUAUGGUUUGAGAGCAUUACGAAUUCUCUGUGCCAUAUACAAUGCGCGCGAUGGAAGGGGAAAGGAGGAGCGCAAGUGUAGUUCAGGAGAUGAGCCAAGUGAAGUUGACAUUAGAAAGAACGAACAGCGCCACAUUGUAUUUGCUGUUUUACGGAGCUAGCAUACAAGACACGUCUAAAAAUAGUUCUCCUUUCGUUCUCAAACAAUAAUCUUAUAUAUUUCCGUUUUGGUC